GCAACUGGGAGCCUAGAGGUGGUGGGCGAGCGGCACCAGCCCAGGAACGGGGUGGAGCUGCUGCUGGAGCUGGAGAGGAGAGGGAGAUGUGAUGAGACGAAUUUCCUGCAGCUCCUGCAGCUCCUGCGGUUGCUGACCAGGCAUGACCUGUUGCCUUACGUCACCCUGAAGAGGCAGCGGACAGUGUCCCCUGAGCGAUACACCUACGGCCCGUCUGUGACAGCUUCCGACCGGCAGAUGGACAGUUGCCUUGGCUCAGCCUCUGCAGAGACCCAGCCCGAUCAGUGGGAGACAGGCUCCAACUCCAGCAAGAGGAAACGGGUGAGCAGAGGCAGGGCACGGGCCAGUGCCCUCGGCAGGCGGCGCGGGGCCAAGACAGUCCCUGCCCUCAAGCAGGAGCCCCCAUCCCCCACCAAAGUGACCUGUGGUAGGUGUCUGGCUGGCUCAUGCCCAGGGUCCCCCCACCUUUGGACCAGGCCAUGGAAAGGUUCCGGUUCCCAGUGGGGGAUAGAUUGGAGCCUCCUGCUCUCCCCCCAGCUGGGGUGGGGCAGGGAUGCUGGUCUGAGUCUCUAGCCAAAGUGCAGGCCCCUUCCGUGUCAGUGACUUGGAGGGGGGGCUGCGCAAGUCCAGUGGGGUGCCUCACCCCAGCCCUGUGGGGCCUCUCUCUGGGGUGGGGGAGCAGGGAGCCCUGGCCCACUCCUGUGAGCCUGUGGGUCCCGUCCCCCUGGCUGUCCCGCUCUUUCUUCUCUCAUGGCUCUAACUGUCCGAA